AUGAGAGCUGAGAACUACCACUGCUGGAAUGAGGUGUACAUGAAGAGGCUUGAUCUGCCUGAAAAAUACUCUGGCUGGCAGGUGGUCGACAGCACCCCUCAGGAGACCAGUGAUGGUCUUUAUCGAUGUGGCCCAACGUCUGUCAAUGCCAUCAAAGAGGGAGAGCUCAGCUAUCCGUUCGAUGCAAAGUUUGUCUUUGCAGAGACGAACAGUGAUGUGAUAUACCAUAAGUCUGAUAAGUCUGGAAAAAUUAAGAUUAUCUAUGUAGACUCUGCGUAUAUGGGAAAGCUCCUUGUGACUAAAAAGAAGGACAGUAGCGAAUACGAGGACAUCACAUCUACCUAUAAAUACCCAGAAGUCAGUCUCAAGGAGAGAGAGGCCAUGCAGAUGGCAGAGCAUCGUGGAGUUUCUACCAAGGACUACUUGCCACUCACUGAAGCAGGUGUGGAUUUCAAGCUCCAGGCUGACACCAUCAACAUGGGUGACAACCUCAAGCUGACUCUGAACAUUAAGAACCAGACCAGCCAAACCUGCACCCUCAGUGCCAUCAUAACUGGCUGUGUGGUGUACUACACAGGCGUCACUAGCACAACUUUUAAGCAUGAAAACAAAUCUGCAACUGUGGAAGCCUCAAAGACUGAGUCCCUGACAAUAGAUGUCAAAGCUUUGGAGUACAUGCCCUACCUUGUGGAACAGUCCAACCUACUCUUCGUGGUGUAUGGGCACGUCGAGGAAAAUGAUGCAUCCCUUUCCACGAUGAGAGUUGUCACUCUUAAUCCUCCUGAACUCGCAAUAAAGAUGACUGGAUCUCCCCGGGUUGGCAAGGAAGUCAUAGUCAGUGUGGAUUUCCAGAAUCCCUUUAAUUUCAUCCUGCAAAAGGUUCAACUCCGCAUUGAUGGACCUGGUCUGAUACUGACCAAAUUGAAACAUUACAGUCAGAUAUUACCUGGUGCCUCAGUGAAAUACAAAGUGUCACUGUUCCCUCGAUCUCCUGGGAAGAAGGUGCUGAUGGCGUGUCUAGACUGCCCUCUACUGAGACAGGUCACCAAUCAGCUGGAAUUUGAAGUUGUGCAAGACUAGAGUGAGACU